AUGUCCACUGUGACCUAUCAGCAGCAACAGAGGGAGGAAGAGGAGGAGGAAGAUGAAGAACAAGGAGAGAAGUUUGAGUUUGACGACAGUGCUGAUGAGGAGAAAGACCCAGUGGAAGCCAGUCAAACAUCAAACGAGUCAUCUAUGAAGGCCACAAGGCAACCACAGGACAAUGCAGUAACAACACCCCCUUCACACUCACAACAGCACCUCAAUGCAAUGCCCCCUGCUGGUCAGGAAGACAACCCCUCCCAGGGACAAGUCUCCAUGGCCUCUUCAGGUAAAGUGUUCUUUCUAUUACAACACAUUGUGAGUGACUCUUCUCCACUGGUCUCAUAAGGUGCUGCCAGUUCUUAAAGGGAUUUCAUAAUAGCUUCAGACAGACAGUCAUAAAGAGAGACGGGUUCUAAUUGGAUAAAGAGCAGUGAAACUCUGGUUGAUAUCAGUAUGCUAUUGACUACCUGACUGAGUCAUGUUGCCAAACAAGCUCUGUUAAUUACACUCCUUGCUAAAGAGGGAGAUUUAAAUAUAUGUGAACUUCUGUCUGACAAAAUUAAGUGAUUAGUGCUUAGUUAAAAUACUUCUCACAAAGCCUACUACGUGUAGUAAUCCGUUAAGUGGGUUGUGGAGCAUUUCUCCGCUGCACUGGGGAAUUCUGGGGUUGGUGGAAGCUUGUUACCCAGCGGAUGGUGGAGGAGACGGGCGUAAGGCUGGGACUUAGCCCUCCCAGGUCAGAUGAGAGGGUUCACAUUGUCUCUGGAUAAAUUAAAUAAUAUUUUGGACAGGAAUAUCUUCCAUAAAAGCUGAUAUACACACAGGACCUAUAUACUGCUCACAAUAAAAUUCCCGUGGUCUGUUUUCAUCAGAGAUUGUCUUCUUGGAGACACAGGACUGACCGCUCUAUUCAUAAAACAAGGUCAAUUAAGAUUAAGUAAAGAUCAAAUAAGAAAUACUUUUGUUUAGUUUGGCUCAUAUUGAGACCUAUUUAGAUAUAUUCCAAACUUUUUAACUGUCCUUCCCAUAUGGUACCCGUUGUACAAGUUAUAGUAACAAACACAAACAUGAAGUUAUAAAAGAAAAGGUUUUCUUGGCUAAUGUCUCCCGCUUCAUUUCUCCCCACAGAUGUUCCAGUUAUCGACCCACCCAGGCGGUAAGAGACUCCCUGCUUUCACAGUAUGCUGGAAUCUGCAUUACAUCUUCAGGGGCUGUGUGGUUUGGCCUCGUAGGAGGAAACAUCUGUCUUCAUUAGGUUAUCAAUGUACUGUAUUAGCAUGACCCAAAAUCAGAUACAUCUCUAUUUUCAUAGAGGAAGGGCGUGUCAAAGUAAAAAGGUUUAGGACUGAUAUGUUUGGAAAAGGAAGUCAAAGGAGAUGGCAAAUAUGUGACUGAGGCUAUGUUGGAAAUAAAACUCUUCCAUGUCUAACAUAUUGAAUCAGUAGCCUUAACAGGUACUCUGUAGUCUGCAGGUUAUAGCAGUUUGCAGUAUAAAAAGUUGUAUAUGAGUUAGGGGGUUCACUAGAAUGUACAUUAUAAACAUGUUAUCAACCAGUGUAAUGUAUCACCCUCUUAAAUUUGUGGUCCCUGUCUUGGUAGGGGCCACUGGUCAUGGUUAAGUCCCAGCAUGAUGGUGUGCUAGGAAGUGUGCUGGGAAACCUGUGCCGAUAGGAGAGCCAGGGCCUGCCAUUCCUGUGGGCUUUCCUGUGCUGAGAAGAGGGGUGUAUGUGAGUGACUGUGAUAGUGUGUGUUUGUGUGUAUCUCUCUGUGUGUGUGUUUGAACAGGGUUGGAUUGUGAGAGAAGGGACUGUGGUCUCUGCGAUUUCUCCUCUGGAAGAUUUCUGCUGAGUACACUGUUCCACUGUGGGUCAAUAUUCUCCCUUUCCUAGUGGAGCUAUUAAUAGCUUUUUCCGCCAACAAGGUGUAAGGUGUGUGUCAGCGCGUUUGCUCUGUGUGUCUGUUUCAGCUCAGAUUCAGAUAUUUUUGCAUCGCAAAGAACACUUUGUAAUAUAAACAUUGUUGCAGAACAUGCAUAACAUGUCUACAGGUCUAUUCAACUCAGGAAAGCAGUGGUAUUGUGUUUGUGUGUGUGUGUGUGCGUGUGUCUAGUUGCAUCUGUAGGACCUUUGACAGAUACCUUUCAUUAAGUGACACCCUUAAGAUUAAAAGUCCUGGACAAUGGUCACCAUGACAACUUGACACUUGACAUUUAUAUGGCUCUGCUUUAUGUUCAGUUGAGCUGUAACCUUACAUUAGAGGGGCACACAUUUAACACUCCACCUAAGCAACCCCACUUUACAACACUCCUUUUUCCUGCAUUCCACACUUCCUUGCUGUCUGCUCUGCACAGUAUUCUGCUUAGUGGUAGAUCUGCAAGCUGGGUUUGCAAGCUGUUCAAGUAAACAAUGUUACAAAAGACACAGAUACUGUAUACAGACCUGUGUACGCUGACAGGGGGCAGACGCAAGAUGCAGUUGCUAUAGCAGGUGGUGUGUUGUUAAAUCAAAUCAAAUCAAAUUGUAUUUGUCACAUGCGCCGAAUACAAGUGUAGACCUUACAGUGAAAUGCUUCCUUAGUGAAAUGCUUACCCAGGCAAUGUAAAUAGUCUGGGUAGCCAUUUCAUUAGAUGUUCAGGAGUCCUAUGGCUUGGGGGUAGAAGCUGUUGAGAAGCCUCUUGGACCUAGACUAGGUGCUCCGGUACCGCUUGCCGGGCGGUAGCAGAGAGAACAGUCUAUGACUAGGGUGGCUGGAGUCUUUGACAAUUUUUAGGGUCUCCUCUGACACCGCCUGGUAUAGAGGUCCUGGAUGGCAGGAAGCUUGGCCCCAGUAACGUACUGGGCUGUACGCACUACCCUCUGUAGUGCCUUGCGGUCGGAGGCCGAGCAGUUGCCAUACCAGGCAGUGAUGCAACCAGUCAGGAUGCUCUCGAUGGUACAGCUGUAUAACUUUUUGAGGAUCUGAGGACCCAUGCCAAAUCUUUUCAGUCUCCUUAGAGGGAAUAGGUUUUGUCGUGCCCUUCACGUCUGUCUUGGUGUGCUUGGACCAUGUUAGUUUGUUGGUGAUGUGGACACCAAGGAACUUGAAGCUCUCAACCUGCUCCACUACAGCCCCGUCAAUGAGAAUGUCUUGAUCACAUUGAGGGAGAGGUUGUUGUCCUGGCACCACACGGCCAGGUCUCUGACCUCCUUCCUAUAGGCUGUCUCGUCGUUGUCAGAGAUCAGGCCUACCACUGUUGUGUCAUCGGCAAACUUAAUGAUGGUGUUGGAGUCGUGCCUGGCCAUGCAGUCAUGAGUGAACAGGGAGAACAGGAGGGGACUGAGCACGCACCCCUGAGGGGCCCCCGUGUUGAGGAUCAGUGUUGCAGAUGUGUUGUUAUCUACCCUUACCACCUGGGGGCGGCCCGUCAGGAAAUCCAGGAUCCAGUUGCAGAGGGAGGUGUUUAGUCCCAGGGUCCUUAGCUUAGUGAUGAGCUUUAGUCAAUGAAUAGCAUUCUCACAUAGGUGUUCCUUUUUGUCCAGGUGUGAAAGGGCAGUGUGUAGCGCAAAAGAGAUUGCAUCAUCUGUGGAUCUGUUGGGGCGGUAUGCAAAUUGGAGUGGGUCUAUGGUUUCUGGGAUAAUGGUGUUGAUGUGAGCCAUGACCAGCCUUUCAAAGCACUUCAUGGCUACAGACGUGAGUGCUACGGGUCGGUAGUCAUUUAGGCAGGUUACCUUAGUGUUCUUGGGUACAGGGACUAUGGUGGUCUGCUUGAAACAUGUAUAUAUUACAGACUCAGACAGGGAGAGGUUGAAAAUGUCAGUGAAGACACUUGCCAGUUGGUCAGCGCAUGCUUGGAGUACACGUCCUGGUAAUCCGUCUGGCCCUUCGGCCUUGUGAAUGUUGACCUGUUUAAAGGUCUUACUCACAUUGGCUACAGAGAGCGUGAUCACACAGUCGUCCGGAACAGCUGAUGCUCUCAUGCAUGUUUCAGUGUUACUUGCCUCGAAGCAAGCAUAGAAGUAAUUUAGCUCGUCUGAAAGGCUUGUGUCAAUGGGCAGCUCACGGCUAACUUCCCUUUGUAGUCUGUAAUAGUUUGCAUGCCCUUCCACAUCCGACGAGCGUCGGAGCCAGUGUAGUACGAUUCGAUCUUAGUCCUGUAUUGACGCUUUGCCUGUUUGAUGGUUCAUCGGAGGGCAUAGUGGGAUUUCUUAUAAGCUUCCGGGUUAGAGUCCCGCUCCUUGAAAGCGGCAGCUCUACCCUUUAGCUCAGUGCGUAUGUUGCCUGUAAUCCAUGGCUUCUGGUUGGGGUAUGUACGUACAGUCACUGUGGGGACGACAUCAUCGAUGUGCUUAUUGAUAAAGCCAGUGACUGAUGUGGUGUACUCCUCAAUGCCAUCGAAAGAAUCCUGGAACAUAUUCCAAUCUGUGCUAGCAAAACAGUCCUUUAGCUUAGCAUCUGCUUCAGCUGACCACUUUUUUAUUGACCAAGUCACUGGUGCUUCCUGCUUUAGUUUUUGCUUGUAAGCAGGAAUCAGGAGGAUAUAAUUAUGGUCAGAUUUGGCAAAUGGAGGGCGAGGUAGAGCUUUGCACGCAUCUCUGUGUGUGGAGUAAAGGUGGUCUAGAGUUUAUUUUCCCUCUGGUUGCACAUUUAACAUACUGGUAGAAAUUAGGUAAAAUGGAUUUACGUUUCCCUGCAUUAAAGUCCCCGGCCACUAGGAGCACCGCCUCUGGAUGAUCGUUUUCCUGUUUGCUUAUGGCCGUAUACAGUUAAUUGAGUGGGGUCUUAGUUCCAGCAUUGGUUUGUGGUGGUAAAUAUACAGCUGCGAAGAAUAUAGAUGGAAACUCUCUUGGUAGAUAGUGUGGUCUACAGCUUAUCAUGAGAUACUCUACCUCAGUGAGCAAAACCUUGAGACUUCCUUAGAUAUCGUGCACCAUCUGUUGUUUACAAAUAUACAUAGACCACCACCCUUGUCUUACCAGAGGCUGCUGUUCUAUCCUGCCGAUACAGUGUAUAACCCACCAGCUGUAUGUUAUUCAUGUAUUCGUUCAGCCACGACUCGGUGAAACAUAAGAUAUUACAGUUUUUCAUGUCCUGUUGGUAGGAUAUACAUGCUUGUAGUUCGUCCACUUUAUUAUCAAGCGAUUGUAAGUUGGCCAAUAGUAUCGAUGGCAAAGGAAGAUUAGCCACUUGUCGCCGGCUCCUUACCAGGCACCCCGAUAUCUUUCCACGAAAUCUCCUUUUCUUUCUACUGCGAAUGACGGGGAUGAGGGCCCUGUCGGGUGUCUGGAGCAAAUCCCUCUCGUCCGACUCAUUAAAGAAAGAUUAUUCGUUCAGUUCAAGGUGAGUAAUUGCUGUUCUGAUGUCCAGAAGCUCUUUUCGGUCAUAAGAGACGGUAGCAGCAACAUUAUGUACAAAAUAAGUUACAAACAAUGCUGUUGGUGAACACAUAUUUAGGAGAGGGAGUACAAACCAACGACGCUGGACAGAGUGGAAGUAGGUUAAAACAAAAGCAGUUUAUUAACAGAGAUAUCUUGUUCUGAUUAAGCUACAUGCAUGGACCCAACCAAUUGCCUCUUAUGGAGACAGUUGAGAAGGGCGAUUAAAAAGAGUUUACAGCAUUACUUUAUACAAUGUAACAUAAAGGAAGGGGUCCUUCUUCUAGUCCCUUGAUUGGUUCCCGAGGCAUAGGAGGCGGGUCUGCUCUGUCCAGAGCAGAUGCCCCAUUGGUGCACGGCAGAGUCCUCUGCCCUUGGCACCCGACCAGUAGACAGGGGAGUUGAGAAUGAGUGUGCGUGCAAAUGAAAUGUUUGUGUGUGUCCAGGGAACUCGUGAGGAGUAGAGAAUGAGUGUGCGUGAAAGUGAAAUAUUGGUGUGUGUCAAGGGAACUCGUGAGGAGUAUCUGUUGGUUUAUGGCCGGAGGUGGGGGUGUUGUCCUAUUAUCGCAUUCCUGCAAGACUAGGCCAUCUGGUGAGAAGAUAUGGUGUUCUCCUCUGUCCUUUGUUCUCUGACCUGGAACAGCAUUUAUUGAAAACAAGCCUAACACAAAUGGGUCUUUGCACAACAUUUUAGUCAGACCAAUCUAUAACAUUUUAUAUUUACUACGACAAAUUAUAUUUACUACGACAAUGCGAAAAAACACACAAAAUAGCACGGUUGGUUAAUAGUCCAUAAAACGGCAGCCAAUCCCCUCCGGCAGCCAUCCCCUCCGGUGCUAGGUUAGACUCGUUAUAGUAACUGUUGUUACAAUGAAGAUCUAGCUAGCCCAUCAUCAGCAUGGUCAGCACUAUUUCCAGAGAGACAAGAGGAAAGCCAAGUAAACAAGGCUCCCUGGUCGACUGUGUUCUGUAGUUAGAGGGAGUUGAAACACAUCUAAGGCCUUGCAUUCAGGCUGCUCACACUGUGCCUCAGUCUAUUCUAUUUGCAUUGAAAAACGUUUGCCUUUUCUUCUGCUGUAGGCCUAUGACUCACAGGGGCUUGUAUAGACAAGUGAAGGGCGUAGGCCUACAAAGAUUAACCAUAAAAUAUAUACUUUUCCAGUCUUUUAAACAUUGAAAUAGUAUGUGUUCUCAAAAAGUGUUCUUGUUAAAUCCCCAUUUGAAACCACAGUAAUGAGACAUGCAUUCUGUAUGAAUUUUACAGAACAGGGUUCAUGGUGAGGCAUUACUUACGCUGAGCCACAUUCUACCCCAGCAUCGUUUUUCUAAUAAUUUAUUUUAGAAAGCUCUUAUUCAUAGAAAACUGCUUGAGUAGACAUUACUCUGUAAAAAUUCUUGGCUGUAAUAUGCCAUUCCUGUGCGCUGCUUCCUGACUGAGUCUGGUGUCUUUGGGGGAGGCAGUGAAGGUGAAGAGUUGAAACGUUUAUUAGCAGACAUUACUAGAAAGUGGAUUUGAAGUUUCAACAUUACUCAAACAAGCUUUAGCUAACGCUUUUAUUGUUGUCUUGCCAAAGAAGGUAACGCAAUGAUAUAUACAGAAAAUCUGGCAAGCUAUUUCUGGCUACAAAAUAUUUCCUACACUACUAAACUGUGUAAUUCUGUAAACAUUGUGGACUGUCAGGCAUGCCUGGAACAGGGGAGAGGUACAGUAUCUUGCUGACUGAUACAGUAUUUUGCUGACUGAUUGACUUUCUGGCUGUUGGCAUAGCCGAGAGGGAUGGUGGGAGGGAUGCAUUUAAUGAGAUUGGUUUCUCCUCCAUCCCAGAUCUAGCUGUAUAAUCAAGCAUGUGGGAGGAUUGCUGUAACUCUCACUGGUAGCUUGAAAACAUAAGCAAGUGGUAGCUCUUUACAGAAUACCUACAAGAUCAGUAUUGGGAGAUGUCUCAAAGGCAAUAGUCUAGGGCUAGUUUUUAUUUCAAUCUAGUCAUUAUUAUGGUCAGGCUUUAGGUAUGGCAGGUGAUCAAUGGCUAUCGUUUAGGGGGAACUUUCAUGGCUCACAGUUAAUAUAACAAGCAGGAGGUACGGUCACAAUAUCAUAUUCAUGGUCUCACAUGAGUUCACCUGGAUCAGAUGACUCUCUCCAUCCCUCACAACAGAAGUCAGCAGAAUCAUCACACCACAGUGAAUAGGACUGACCAACCUAGCAGAAAUGAGCUGCACUAGGAACAUAUAGCUGUGGCAGGUUUAAGGAAGUGUUACGCCUUGAUCACAUCGACAGCGUCAUUGCGUUUUGGUACACCAGAAGUAAAUUCAUUUCCAAUGGAACGCUGUGUUUGCCUUGCAGCAUUGUAUUGCAGAAGCAGUUGCAGUGCAUUCUGUGUGGUGCAUACAUUGGAUUUAUCGAACGUAUGCAUCAAAUUGAAUGCGUAGACGGCUUGACAGAAAUGGUAGCAGAAGGUGAAUGUUGAACUUUUGUUGCACACAUUUCCAGAUGAUGCUGCGUACCAUUUUGCGCAAUGACACUGUCGGUAUGAUGGAGGCGUUAGCAUGCUGAGACGGCAGUGCUUCAGACCCUUUGCCCCCGGCUCCUCCUCCUCCUCCUCCAAACUGCAAUUCACUUGUAAUGAGCCACACAGCACCCAGGCUAGAGUGGUCAUAACUGCUUUCCCUACUCUGUCUGAUAUGUUCCAGGGUCUCUGGCCCGGUCGAGCUCGUUGAGCCCAUUGCUGCAGCACCUUCAGUGGGAGAGCAGCCCCUGGAGGAGUCCCAGGGAGGGUCUGGUCCUAGAGACGUGUUACCUGUGGAGAACCAGACCGACUCGGAGGACCAUAGUGUGGAGACGGAGAAGAAGAGCUCCAGCCUGAGGGAACACUCUGAAGGUACAGAACUGCAUAGAUACAGAUACAUGAAACAUGAUAUAGACAGAGGAGAGCAAGCUUACACCAAUUACAGUAUAGGCCUUCAUAACCUUCACCACCAUUGUUUUAAAGGAAUAAACAAAACUGUAUUGGUCUGUAAUCGUUGCGUGGAACCUCCAGAGGGCAAUGGCGAGCACACACACUCUCCCUCCCAUGAUUUGAUUUCAACAUGGACAUGACAUGAAUUCAAUUAAUUCAGGAUGAGGAUCAAUAGUGGACUAUUGGUCUAUUUCCACCAAGGGAAAUUGCUCUGGCUGACAUUAGGCUAUUUGAAGGUGGUCCACUAAAAGACUCUGUAAGGAACCUGACUAAGCCCUGCUCCACUUUACUCCCUGUUCUUGUCGAUAUUGAUAAAUGUAGGCCUCAGUUGAGGUUUAUAAUAGUAAUCUACCUUAAAUGUGGUGUAAAAAUGUUUGUCAUCAUGUAUGGAUACCGUCAAAAUCUGAUUUAACAAAGUGUACCUCCGUUUUGUGAUCAGUUAGGAGUGCUAUCAUUAUUUUUCUAUAAUUGGGUACCAUUGGGUUGUUGUGUUUUCAGUGGACCAACGUGUCAUAGGUAGCCUACUGGCACCAUGAUAUGGCUAAUGAACCAUUGCCUGUUUAUAGCCAACAACCAAUAGCAUUAUACCUCUCUGUUCAAGCCUGUGAACAAAAUCAAAUCAAAUUGUAUUUGUCACAUGCUUUAUAAACAACAGGCGUAGACUAACAGUGAAAUGCUUACUUACAAUACACAGUAAAUGUCAAUAAUGAGUAAAAGUAACAUGGCUAUAUACAGGAAGUACCAGUACUGAGUCAAUGUGCAGGGGUACGAGGUCAUUGAGGUAGCUUUGUACUGUACAUAUAGGUAGGGGUAAAGUAACUAGGCAACAGCAUAGAUAAUAGACAGUAGCAGCAGCAUAUGUGGUAAGUGUGUGUGUGAGUGUAUGUAGUGUGUGUGUGUGUGUUGGGGUGUCAGUCAGUGUAAGUAUAUGUGAGUGUGUGGGUAGAUUCCAGUGUGUGUGCAUAGAGUCAGUGCAAGAGAGUUAUUGGAAAAAGGGGUCAAUGAGGUAGUCCGGGUAGCCAUUUGAUUAGCUAUUUAGCAGUCUUGUUUAGCAGUCUUAUGGUUUGGGGGUAGAAGCUGUUCAGGGUCCUGCUGGUUCCAGACUUGGUGCACUGGUACCGCUUGCCAUAUGGUAGCAGAGAGAACAGUCUAUGCCUUCGGUGGCUGGAGUCUUUGACCAUUUUUUGGGCCUUCCUCUGACACCACCUGGUAUAGAGGUCCUGGAUGGCAGGGAGCUCGGCCCCAGUGAUGUACUGGGCUGUACUCAUCACCCUCUGUAGCGCCUUGCGGUCGGGUACCUUGCAGUUUCCAUACUAAGCGGUGAUGCAGCCAGUUAAGAUGCUCUCAAUGGUGCAGCUGUAGAACUUUAAUUUCAGCAUCCUGACCAACAUUCCAAUAGACUGAUACAAAUCUAUUCGACAAAUGAACUUUGAUAACACUGUGGCAAUUUAUUCAUACUACAGUAUGGAUAUUCUGUGUUACUAUCAGUACUGUAUUACUACAGUGUAAUAGUACAUUUGUAACCGAUUAAUAGAUUCUGGUAACUGGGCUCUCCGUCAUUGAGUUCAAUACCACCUUUACACUUGCUUCUGGUCCUAACAUUAAGACCAGUUUGAGUCCUAAUCCCAGGACUACCAUCAAGCAAUGCCAUACUGUGCUAAAAAGUGUUUCACCAAACCAAGAUGAAACUUGCCUGAGUUCUGUUGUGUUUCCUUCUGGGAUUGUUGGGGAAAAUAAACUCAGCUUGAAGAAAUACAAUCAGGCUGUUUGAAAUAACAAGCACUGUUCUCAGAAGACUGAGUCAGUUACUUUGCAGAUCUGCAGAUAGUCAGGCUGAUUCAGUUAUUCCCUUUUCGUUCGGUACACAUUCUUCACAGAGAGAGGAUGUGUCUGUGUCUGUGUGUGUGCACGCUUGCGUAGGUAAUCCCUAUUGUUGUAGAAGAACAUUGUCUGUUUUGUCUCUCUCUUGGACUGUGUCCAAGGUGAUUUAGAACCUUAUAUAGAGCCGUGGUGGCUAAUCCAUGUCAGAAUACACAUCUCUCAUCAGAUUAAUUGAAUCCAGUGAUUGUUGAUGUUUGAGGUUUAUAAGGAACCAUUCCAGACAAAUCACAAUUUAAAAACAAAUCAAUAAAGCCCCUAAGAUAAAUUAGGCUGAAACACUCUCAAAGCAGUUAAUGACAAAUCCUGCGGACCGUGGAGAUAGGGUCGGUACAUUACAAACAAGGUGGAUAUAAUCAUGCUGCCACAAUUCCACAGCACAACUUAACACAAAUAACAGCACUAAGUCCCUGCUAAUAUAAUCAAUUAACUGUUUAUGUUUUCAACACUAUGAUAUACAUCUAAUUGAUGUAAAUGUAUUGACAAUUACUACAUAGAAGUGACAGAACCUUGGGGUAUAAUGUUUUGGGGAAAAAGCUUGUGGUUUUGCUCUUGAAGUUUUGUUGCUUUGCAAAAUAAUCACUGACAGGCCCUCCACCUGGCUCUGAGGUUUGGAAUUGUGACUGGUCCUUACUGUCUUCCCCAAUAGGUGAAGGUGUGGAUGAUGCUGAGGCCAAUGCAGAGCUCCAGACAGGGAGCCCAGAGGUGAUCUAUGAUGACGUGCCCUGUGAGGGACCACUCUCUCCUGACAAAGGUGAGUUCUGGGGCAGGGGCAGGGGCUGGGGCCACUGACUGCUUUCAUUGGAUGUCUCCCCUGUCUGAUACUGCACCAUGAGUCUUUGGAUCAAUGCACAUCAGACAUGGGUUCAAAUGCGAUUUGGUUCCUCUUAGAUACUGCGUUGUGCUUGAUUGAGCUUGAGGAUCUGCUGUCUAACAAUGCACUGUCAGUCUUUGGAUCACUGUACAGUCUUUGUGCUUUGUUGAUGUCAGUAUAUAUAUGUGUGUGUGCGUGUCAGGGGAUAUGAUCUAUGAGGAUGUGCACAGAGAAGAAGUGCCCCAGGGUGCAGGCAACGGUUGGAGCUCCAGUGAGUUUGAAAGUUACGACGAGCAGUCUGAUACCGAGAGCAAACUACCAACCCGCAGCAAGGUAGGAGAGAUGGUGUUCUAUUGUAUAUGUCUGUCUGUCUGUCUGUCUGGCUAUCUGCCUGGUGUCUGUUUGGAUUUUUGUGUUUAUGUUCAAUGCAUAAGACAUGACUCAAAGAGAAUUUUUCACCCAUUGCUACUGCUCUAUUCAUGUGAGAAACUGGUGGGGAAAAUACAAAGAACAUGAAACAUGUAUCAGCCCUGUCUGGGUGGGUUAAUAUUCUCGCUUUGUGUCCUGAGAAUAAACAAGCUUUAUUCUCACUUGAAAGGCAUCAAAGUCAUGACACUGUCUAGGUGCGGUAUGUUAUAACCAUACAGCAGGUGACUCUCUCUCCUCCACAUGGUGGCAGUAUAUCAUUGACGUUGUGCUCUAUUCUGGUCAGACUUGAUCCAGUCUCAUCCCUUUUUAUAUACCAUGUACAGUACCAGUCAAAAGUUUGGACACACCUACUCACUGAAGGGUUUUUCUUAAUUUCUUUUACUAUUUUCUACAUUGUAGAAUAAUAGUGAAGACAUCAAAACUAUGGAAUAACAGUAAUCCUUCUACCCCCCCUCCCCCACCCCCCCAUAAAAUAAAACAAAACUAAAAAACUAAAAAAAAGGAGUGGUUGUCCCACUGGCUGAAUGCACCAAUUUGUAAGUCGCUCUGGAUAAGAGCGUCUGCUAAAUGACUUAAAUGUAAAUGUUAAUAACACAUAUUGAAUCAUGUAGUAACCAAAAAAUUGUUAAACAAAUCAAAAUAUAUUUUAUAUUUGAGAUUCGUGAAAUAGCCACCCUUUGCCUUGAUGACAGCUUUGCCCACUCUUGGCAUUCUCUCAACCAGCUUCACCUGGAAUGCUUUCCAACAGUCUUGAAGGAGUUCCAACACUGGUUGGCUGCUUUUCCUUCACUCUGCCAUCCGACUCAUCCCAAACCAUCUCAAUUGGGUUGAGGUCGGGGGAUUGCGGAGGCCAGGUCAUCUGAUGCAGCACUCCAUCACUCUCCUUCUUGGUGAAAUAGGCCUUACACAGCCUGGAGGUGUGUUGGGUCAUUGUCCUGUUUAAAAACAAAGGAUAGUCCCACUAAGCCCACACCAGAUGCGAUGGCGUAUCGCUGCAGAAUGCUGUGGUAGCCAUGCUGGUUCAGUGUGCCUUGAAUUCUAAAUAAAUCACAGACAGUGUCACCAGCAAAGCACCCCCACACCAUAACACCUCCUCCUCCAUGCUUUACGGUGGGAACUACAUAUGUGGAGAUCAUCCGUUCACCUACUCUGCGUCUCACAAAGACACGGCGGUUGGAACCAAAAAUCUCAAAUUUGGACUCAAGAUCAAAGGACACAUUUCCACCAGUCUAAUGUCCAUUGCUUUUGUUUCUUGGCCCAAGCAGGCCUACUCUUCUUAUUGGUGUCCUUUAGUAGUGGUUUCUUUGCAGCAACUUGACCAUGAAGGCCUGAUUCACACGGUCCCCUCUGAACAUUUGAUGUUGAGAUGUGUCUGUGACUUGAACUCUGUGAAGCAUUUAUUUGGGCUGCAAUUUCUGAGGCUGGUAACUCUAAUGAACUUAUCCUCUGCAGCAGAGGUAACUCUGGUUCUUCCAUUCCUGUGGCGGUCCUCAUGAGAGCCAGUAUCAUCACAGCACUUGAUGGUUUUUGAGACUGCACUUGAAGAAACUUUCAAAGUUCUUGAAAUUCUCUGUAUUGACUGACCUUCAUGUCUUAAAGUAAUGAUGGACUGUCGUUUCUCAUUGCUUAUUUGAGCUGUUCUUGCCAUAAUAUGGACAUGGUCUUUUACCAAAUAGGGCUAUCUUCUGUAUACCCCCCACCUUGUCACAACACAACUGAUUGGCUCACAUGCAUUAAGAAGGAAAGAAAUUCCACAAAUUAACUUUUAAGAAGGCACACCUGUUAAUUGAAAUGCAUUCCAGGUGACUACCGCAUGAAGCUGGUUGAGAGAAUGCCAAGCGUGUGCAAAGCUGUCAUCAAGGCAAAGGGUGGCUAUUUGAAGAAUCUCAAAUAUAAAAUAUAUUUUGAUUUGUUUAACACUUUUUUGGUUACUACACGAUUCCAUAUGUGUUACUUCAUAGUUUUGAUGUCUUCACUAUUAUUCUACAAUGUAAAAAAUAGUAACAAUGAAGAAAAACCCUUGAAUGAGUAGGUGUGUCCAAACUUUGACACAUAGAUUUAGAAAACAUUCUAUGAAAUGACAUCAUUAUACAGAGGGGAGCGAUGACCUGCUUGUUAUGAACACUUGCUUGUUAUGUUUGGGCAGAAACAAUGGUGGCUUUACUGAAAUGAAUAUCACAUUAGGAGGUAGCCUAUGAACAUCCCCUCCUCCCUCUUCAUGUCUGCCUCAACCUCCCCUCCUGCACUCACUUCCUUCACCAAGAUCAUUGCUAUUAGUCUAGGCUGACAUUACCCUUUGACCAGCGCAGCGCUCUAAGCUUCCGCUCUCCAUCCUUGUGAUUAAUCCAGGUGUUGCCUUGCUUGUUUUGUCUUGAUCCUUUUCUCUCAAUUUCCCGCUGUCUCAUCUUCCUUCCUUCAUCCCUGUGCCCUGCUGUGUGGUUUAACGCCACCUGCCCUGACCUGCCUCACACCACACUGCCCCAACACCUGUGGUGUUCCCGGUACUGUAGCAGUACUCCCCUGACGUGCGUCGGCUGAGGGAGCGUUGUGCCAGGACCAAACGUGAAAUAGCCAUGAGGCUAGGUGGGAAAAACAACUAUGACACCAAGGUAUAUCGCUGGCAGUAAGAAAACACAACAUGACACCAAGGUAUAUCGCUGGCAGUAAGAAAACAACAUGACACCAAGGUAUAUCACUGGCAGUAAGAAAACAUAACAUGACACCAAGGUAUAUCACUGGCAGUAAGAAAACACAACAUGACACCAAAGUAUAUCACUGGCAGUAAGAAAACACAACAUGACACCAAGGUAUAUCACUGACAGUAAGAAAACACAACAUGACACCAAGGUAUAUCACUGGCAGUAAGAAAACACAACAUGACACCAAGGUAUAUCGCUGGCAGUAAGAAAACAACAUGACACCAAGGUAUAUCACUGGCAGUAAGAAAACAUAACAUGACACCAAGGUAUAUCACUGGCAGUAAGAAAACACAACAUGACACCAAGGUAUAUCAACUUAGAACUCAAAAUUACAGCACCCAGGAGGCUAUGCAAGGAUUACAAUGACCAAAGCCAAAAUAUGCCUGCUGUAGUUUGAAGUGCAUUAUACCUGAUUAGUUAUUCACAUGAUUCACUUUCUUUACCAUCCUGUCCUUACUAAUGUUUCUGUGCUAUUCUCCAAACUGUCGCUCUCAUGAGAGAUUUGUCUCUCUCCUUCUAGUUUAGUAUCAGGACAAGUUUUGGGGACACAUGAAUAAGUAAAACACAUUUACAUCCAUAAACACGUUGCCAGUUGCUCCCAGUUGAUAACCUAGUUUCCUGAAGUGGCAUCAUUUAAAAAUACCAUCACCAUGGGUAUAUUCUGGCUCUGUGGGCAUCACAUGAGUCUGCCGGGCCUCAGUGAUGCUCAGGGUGGGGUUUGUGUUUAGCAGAAUUGAUGAUCUCUUCAUAGACUUCCUGACUAGAGACUAGAUCAGACCGUUACAGGCGCAUAUGGUGGUAUUCAUGGCUUGAUGCAUCAAGUGUCCUCUCCUUGUGGAUUACUGUGCAGUGUUUCCUGGCUCUGUCCUCUCGCUGUCCUCGUGGAUUAACUGUUUUGGCCUCUUUGUCCUUUUGAACCAGGUUCAUCAGCUAAUGAAGGCAGCUAGAAGUGGGACCAAGGAUGGAUUGGACAAGACCAAAAUAGCCUUCAUGCGGAGAGUCUCCUUCCUGCACAAGAAGGACCACUCAGGUAAUCAGGGAAAAAGUUAUUCAAAAUGACUUUUUGUCAAAUGACUGUCUCAGAUGGAAGUUUCCUUCUCAUGUGUAAAUUUGUUGUGAAGUGAGAGUUUCUGUGGAAGAUAGGAGUUCACAUACAUUUCAUCUGCCUCUUUGAAUUAAGCUGCGGUGGAGAACUAGCCGAGCCAAAAGUAAUGUUAGAGACAGAUAGAGGAGAAAGCCUCCCAUUUCCUUUCCAAUCCCAGCUUUAAAAUAGAAAAGACUUGUGGAAAAAUGAUCUAAACGAUGUACGAUAUUUCAAAUGACACAGCUGGGAUAAGUCGAGUGGCUCGCGCCGAUUAAAGACAGACGUUGUGGCCAACUGAAGGGUUUGAUGUGUGGGAGAGGAACGGGCAGAAAAUCUCACAUGAUAGAGGUUUUUACCCCAGGAAGUCUCAGUACACAAUGGAACCAGAUUAACAUCCAUUAAUGGAGUGUCGAGCAGCUCCAGAAACCACAGAUAACAGAGACACAACUCAAACAAUUUUUUAAACAAUAAAAAAGAGGAAAAGAGGCCAGUGGUUCUAUUUGUAGCUGUUGAUCAGGGGGAAUCUGGGCAGCAUGAUAUAUUUCUGAUACUGACACACAAUUAUCGCUCCAAAGUCAUUCAUUGGAGUGGUGUUGGCGGGCGAAAAUCAGUUUUAGUAUCUAUGUCUGUAUGGUUGCAGGGAAGGAUUCUGUUUAGUGCAUUUUGAACGCUUUUGUAUUCAUGCUGAGUGUGUGUGUGCGAGUGUUUGAACACGUUUUUGCAGAUGGACUGUCUGUUCUCCUCUUUACUUCUACUAAGAUACAUUAUUGUUUGAAAUGUAUUUUUCCCUCCUAAGUCUUUCAAGCAGAGUGCAAAUCUCUUUAUAUUUUAUAGGUAAUAAACUUGGAGUGCAUCUGGGAGUGUGGCUCCAGUUGACAUGUGAAAGCUUUAAAUGUGCCUCUGUGUAUGUGUGUGUGUUUCCCUGUGCAGAGGAUGUGGAGGAUGACGCAGGGUACCUGGAUGUGGCUGUGUCGGAGGUGAAACAGCCUCCUGCACAGCUGAGCCCCAUGCCUGAGGGACUGAGCAGCCAGCAGGUGUGUAUGUGUGUAUGCAGAUGUUUGUGUGUGUGUGUGUGUCAUAGUAUUCUGUGAAUCUCUAGAUUCAUGUGAUAUGCAUGCAAUUAUAUUUCUAUUGCCAACACUGACUCGGUAGGACGAUUGGGAGAAAUAUGUCUGCUACAGUUAAGGACAGGGCUACUCAUUUCAAGGGAAACCUCAGGGUAAAUCUGGGCCUCAUGAAAAGAAGGCUGCCCCACCCAAACUCUCUUACCCUAUUACAAUCACACAACCAGGCAUGACUACAGUAGCCUAGUACUAUCACACAACCAGGCAUGACUACAGUAGCCUAGUACUAUCACACAACCAGGCAUGACUACAGUAGCCUAGUACUAUCACACAACCAGGCAUGACUACAGUAGCCUAGUACUAUCACACAACCAGGCAUGACUACAGUAGCCUAGUACUAUCAAACAACCAGGCAUGACUACAGUAGCCUAGUACUAUCAAACAACCAGGCAUGACUACAGUAGCCUAGUACUAUCAAACAACCGGGCAUGACUACAGUAGCCUAGUACUAUCAAACAACCAGGCAUGACUACAGUAGCCUAGUACUAUCAAACAACCAGGCAUGACUACAGUAGCCUAGUACUAUCAAACAACCUGUCACACACAACUGAGGCUGUACUGCAUACAAUUAACUCCCAUCAUGCCGUUUUCUGUGCGUGGCCGUUGACCUCUGACCUGUAUGUUUCCCUGACUGGCCUCCUCUGUCCUCAGGUGGUCAGACGCCACAUCCUGGGUUCCAUCAUUCAGAGUGAGCGCAGUUAUCUUGAGUCCCUCAGGAGAAUCCUUCAGGUGAGUGCUUUACCCCCUACCACCCCUCCUCUGCCCUAUGCUUACUCUGACAGAUGUAAUACGUUCAUCUUUUCAGCAUUUAAGAAUGAGUCUGAAAAGGAAACUGGAGAUAAGUAUGAAAUUACCAGGCUUGCUCCGCAUAAAUAAUCAUGAUAGAACAGAUUCCUCUCACAUCUGUGGUACCCCGCUGCUGCUAAGAGAGAGAUUUUCUCUCUGUCAGGUUUUCACAGAAUCACAGAAUGGGAUUCUCUCUUCUUUUUUUAUCUCUCUUUUUCUCUGGUGGAGAGAGAAACAUUCAUUAUCUCUCCUCAGAGAUGAAGAGACACACCUGCUGAAAUGGAAUCAGGUGUGAUCAGUGGGAGGGUUAUGUGCGGCGAAAUAUUUUCUGAUGAUGUACUACCUUUGUUUUGGCAUGAGAUUAUUGUGUUUGAUAAUUGCGGAUGUUAAUCCUUUUUUUGUGAUUUUGCUUACCAUUCAACAAGUCCAACUCACUGCUAGAGGAAACAUAAAAGAAAAUAGCCAUGAGCACAAUUUCUAUUACAUUAAGAACUGCGACUUCAGUCCUGUAAAAACAGAAAUUGCCCUGUCCAUAUUCCACUUGUCGAUAAUUCAUUUGCUGUGGAGGAUUUAUGGUUGGGCAGGGGAGGCUCGUAAAACAACAAUAGCAGCACUAGUCUAUCAUCUAUUGUUGAUUCCAAAGAUUGCCUUUCAUUGCUGAUUUUCUGCUGACUGCAUCUGGCAGUUUCUGAUUGCACAGAUUACAUUCGCCAUAUUUAAAUGACUCUCACUUUAAAAGACACUGCAGUCAUGUGCACAUGUUUUACACAGUUGACUAGUUUUGAUACUGUACAGUGUCUUAACUAAUUGCAAUUGCUUAUAAGAGUGUUACUAACUUAUGAGUGCAUCAAUGUGCCUUUCAGUAAGGGUCCAAGCCCUGUUGGAUGCUGCUGUUGUAUCUGUUGAGAGAUGUUGCAUUUUAUGAUCAGGGACUACCUGUGUGUUUUAUAUUGUUCUCUACCGUAAAGCAUACCUAAUCCAAGUUAACUUGGGUGUACUAUUUCCCCAGGAGUACCAGAGGCCCUUGCUAGAGGCGGACCCACGCAUCCUGAGCCCACGGAAGAUCCGUCCCAUAUUUUACCGUCUACGGGAGAUCACUCAGUGUCACUCCAUGUUCCAGAUCGCACUUGCGUCACGUGUGGCUGAGUGGGACAGCAGUGAGAAGAUUGGGGACCUAUUUGUGGCCUCGGUUAGUGAGACUUUGUGUGUGUGUGUGUGUGUGUGUGUGUGUGUGUGUGUGUGUGUGUGUGUGUGUGUGUGUGUGUGUGUGUGUGUGUGUGAGUGAGUGAGAGAGAUUUUCAGGGACUUAUUUGUCCAAGUAAAAUGAGACAAUUUCCACACACACAGUUAUAAUGAGCUGCACUUAAAAUUGAGAAAACAACACUAACCGCAUGCAUGGAGACAAUUACAGCUUAGAUUAAUAUCUAUUUUGCAGCAAAUACACUCAGAAUAUGUCUGCUUAUUGCAUUGGCACUGGUCCAUUGGACUAAUGUAUGAAUGUGCUGCUGUGACCCUCUGCAAUGUGCUCAUCCAUAAGGCUAGCUCAUUAUUUACCUAUCAAAGAGACCAUUUCGACCCUCUGCCUUCCUGCUGGCCCUGUUUAUUGUGAUGUUUCAUUGAUAUCCUGACACCAGCCAAAUUAGCCUGUUGUGAGAGGUGUUAGGGAGGCUGGGGGUUGGGACCCAACACUCCUCAUUGAUUUCUUUUUUUCACCUGAGAGUGGAUUUGUCGCCCAGCUGUUAAUGUUUUAUGUUAUAGGUCUCAUACUUGUAUCUGUGUGUUGUUUGUGCCUGGCUUGCAGAGCAGAUGAAGUAUAGGGUUCAUUUCUAUGUGAGACUGGCUAAUGUUCUAGCUACUGCUCCUCCAGCUACUGCUGCCGUCAGCAGCCCGCUUAGUGUUUAAUCAAAGGAGAGUGAAUGACUGUGUGCCGUCGCAGCCGCCUCUCAAUAUCCCCACCUCACCCCUUCUAAUGGAUUGUGAAGGGUGUUUUUGGUCUCCUGGAUGGUAAACAGAUCAGGGUCUUAAAUACCACAUUGAACCAACAUUGAAAUUACCUGUGGAUUUCCAGGAUUAGGAUUUUGCUAGAUCAGCUGUUGAGCUGUUGAAUUUCUAAGAACUUUGAACAUCUGUCAGAAGAAAGAUGUUUUCAGAUGUUUUUAAAGAUUAAAUAACCAAACAUGACUUGUCCCUGAAUUAAUUUGUUUCCUGAAAACCCCAACAUAUUCCUGAUGUGAAAUCCAAUGGUUGUUCCUCUUGCAUUUCCGAUAAUCCCACGUUUCUGGAUUUCCACAGUUUUCCAAGUCCAUGGUGCUAGAUGUUUACAGCGACUAUGUCAAUAACUUCACCAAUGCCAUGGCCCUCAUAAAAAAGGCAUGCAUGUCCAAACCAGCUUUCCUGGAAUUCUUAAAGGUGAGUUACAAAGUAGACUUGUCCAUGUGUUUUUUCUCUCCAAAACACUCUAUUUUUCUUUCAAUACACUCUAACCCACGGUCACAGUCAAUCUUCAGCUACUAUUUAAUUUGGCUCUUAUAAUAUACUAUAUUCUACUGGUGUCUUGAUACUUGGUUAAAAGUGUAGUUGCUUUAUUGUUUCUCUUUCAACUUGAAGGCUUUUCUUUUUUUUGCGAUAUACUGCACUAAUAGAGAAUAUUUAUACUGCACCAAUUAGCAAUUCUCACAUACUGUACAGUACACCUUGUCAAACCUAAAGUCUGACACAGUAAACUGUAUUUAAUGAUGAACCUGUUCGGGUGAUGAUGUCAGUGUAGCACAUUGUGGCUCUGAUUUUCAGCAGUUUUCUAUUCAUACACAGCAGUAGGACUUCACUCCCUGUGUUAUGACCUACACCCACACUCAUAUACUGUACGCUGACCACCUCCACUUACUCAUUCUCUAAUGACGAGCACAGCCACCAGAGUCUGUUUCUCCACACCUUACUAACCUAAACUCACUCCUACUCCCACACUCCUAAACUCUAUAUAUCUUCCUCCUUUGAAUAAGCACUAAAGGUGUCUUUCUCUUAGUGUAUUGAUUAUCUCCUGACUGUACUAUGCUAUGUUGUUUAUGUAAACCUACUUGUCCUGUGUUGUGUAGAAGAAGCAGGCGUCCAGUAUUGAUCGCAUCACCCUGUACGGCCUCAUGGUGAAGCCCAUCCAACGCUUUCCCCAGUUCAUCCUAUUACUGCAGGUAUAUGCCUUUACCAGCACCGUCAUCACUGCUAACAGUGACUAGAUAAUGUCAUAUUAGAAAACAUAAAAGAUAAACAAUCUGAGAUUUACAUCAGAAUGUUUUAUACACCUAAUCAAGAGUUCUGCGCAUGGCAUGAUUUGUAUUUGUAUUUAUUAUGGAUCCCCAUCAGCUGCUGCCAAGUCAGCAGCUACUCUUACUGGGGUCCAGCAAAAUUAAGGCAGUUUAUACAAGUUUAAAAACAUUACAACACAUUCACAGAUUUCACAACAUACUGUGUGCCCUCAGGCCCCUACUCCACCACUACCACAUAUCUACAGUACAAAACCCAUGUGUACGUGUGUGUAUAGUGCAUAUGUUAUCGUGUGUGUGUAUGCAUGUGUCUGUGCCUAUGUUUGUGUUGCUUCACAGUCCCUGCUGUUCCAUAAGGUGUUUUUUUUAAAUCUGUUUUUUAAAACUAAUUUUACUGCUUGCAUCAUUUACUUGAUGUGGAAAAGAGUUCCAUAUAGUCAUGGCUCUAUGUAGUACUGUGCUCCUCCCAUAGUCUGUUCUGGACUUGGGGACUGUGAAGAGACCUCUUGUGGCAUGUCUUGUGGGGUAUGCAUGGGUGUCCGAGCUGUGCGCCAGUAGUUCAAACAGACAGCUCGGUGCAUUCAACAUGUCAAUACCUCUCAUAAAUACAUGUAAUGAUGUAGUCAAUCGCUCCUCCACUUUGAGCCAGGAGAGAUUGAAAUGCAUUUUAUUAUUAUUAGCUCUCUGUGUACAUCCAAGGGCCAGCCGUGCUGCCCUGUUCUGAGCCAAUUGCAAUUUUCCUAAGUCCUUUUUUGUGGCACCUGACCACACGACUGAACAGUAGUCCAGGUGUGACAACACUAGGGCCUGUAGGACCUGCCUUGUUGAUAGUGCUGUUAAGAAGGUAGAGCAGCGCUUUAUUAUGGACAUACUUCUUCCCAUCUUAGCUACUGUAGUAUCAAUAUUUGUAGUUUUGACCAUGACAGUUUACAAUCCAGGGUUACUCCAAGCAGUUUAGUCACCUCAACUUGCUCAAUUUCCACAUUAUUGUCACGUUCGUUUAUAGACGGGACGGACCAAGGCGCAGCGUGAUAUGCAUACAUGUUUAUUUAUACUGAAUAAACACCACGACAAAACAACAAAUGAAACGAAACGUGAAGUCCAAGGUAGACAAACAACAUACCUCACACGGAACAAGAUCCCACAACCCACUAGUGCCAAUAGGCUGCCUAAGUAUGGUCCCCAAUCAGAGACAACGAGCGACAGCUGCCUCUGAUUGGGAACCACACCGGCCAACAUAGAUCUAGACAUACUAGAACUAAACAUAGAAAAUACAACAUAGAAAAACACAACAAGGAAUAUACACACCCUGACUCAACAUAUAAGCGUCCUCUGAGUCAGGGCGUGACAAUUAUUUAUUACAAGAUUUAGUUGAGGUUUAGGGUUUAGUGAAUGAUUUGUCCCAAAUACAAUGCUUUUAGUUUUAGAAAUAUUUAGGACUAACUUUUUGUUAAGUGUUGCAGUAAUUUCAGUCGCUGUAGUAGCUGACAUGUAUAGUGUUGAGUCAUCCACAUACAUAGACACUCUGGCUUUACUCAAAGCUGUCACGAUCGUUGAACGGAGUAGACCAAGGCGCAGCGUGAUGAGCGAACAUACUUUAUUAUCUUUAGUGAUAACAAGAACAAAACAACAAACGAUAACGACACGUGAAGUCCUUGGCUACAAAAUACAACCAACACGGAACAAACCAAAAGGAACAAGAUCCCACCACUACUGUGGGAAAACAGCCUGUUUAAAUGUGGUUCCCAAUCAGAGACAACCAGCCACAGCUGACACUCGUUGCCUCUGAUUGAGAACCACACUGGCCAACAUAGAAAUAGAACAACUAGAAAUAUCAACACAGAACACAAACACAUAGAAUCUACACACCCUGGCUCAACAUAUAGAGUCCCCAGAGCCAGGGUGUGACAAAAGCCAGUGGCAUGUCAUUAGUAAAGAUUGAAAACAGUAAUGGGCCUAGACAGCUGCCCUGGGGAAUUCCUGAUUCUACCUGGAUUAUGUUGGAGAGGCUUCCAUUAAAGAACACCCUCUGUGUUCUGUUAGACAGGUAACUCUUUAUCCACAAUAUAGCAGGGGGUGUAAAGCCAUAACACAUACGUUUUUCCAGCAGCAGACUAUGAUCGAUAAUGUCAAAAGCCGCACUGAAGUCUAACAAAACAGCCCCCACAAUCUUUUUAUCAUUAAUUUCUCUCAGCCAAUCAUCAGUCAUUUGGGUAAGUGCUUGUUGAAUGUCCUUCCCUAUAAGCAUGCUGAAAGUUUGUUGUCAAUUUCUUUACUGUAAAAAAGCAUUGUAUCUGGUCAAACACAAUUUUUUCCAAAAGUUUACUAAGGGUUGGUAACAGGCUGAUUGGUCAGCUAUUUAAGCAAGUAAAGGGGGCUUUACUAUUCUUAGGUAGCGGAAUGACUUUUGCUUCCCUCCAAGCCCGGGGGCACACACAUUCUAGUAGGCUUAAAUUGAAAAUAUGGCAAUUAGGAGUGGCAAUAUCGUCCGCUAUUAUCCUCAGUAAUUUUCCAUCCAAGUUGUCAGACCCCGGUGGCUUGUCAUUGUUGAUAGACAACAAUACUUUUUUCACCUCCAUAUUUAUAUUCCAUAUUCACUUUACGGAAUUCAAAAUUACAAUGCUUGUCUUUCAUAAUUUGGUCAGAUAUACUUGGAUAUGUAGUGUCAGCGUUUGUUGUUGGCAUGUCAUGCCUAAGUUUGCUAAUCUUGCCAAUUAAAAAAUCAUUAAAGUAGUUGGCAAUAUCAGUAGGUUUUGUGAUGAGUGAGCCAUCUGAUUCAAUAAAUGGAGCUGAGUUUGUCUUUUUCACAAAAAUGUAAUUUAAUGUGCUCCGAAGCUUUUUACUCUCAUUAUUUGUUUCAUAGUUUAGUUUCUUCUUCUUUUUAUUCAGUUUAGUCACAUGAUUUGCAAUAAAUUUGCCAAUCGGUUGUGCAGCCAGACUUACUUGCCAUUCAUUUAGCCUCAUCCCUCUCAACCAUAAAAUGUUUAAAUUCCUCAUCAAUCCACGGGGAUUUAACAGUUUUUACCGUCAUUUUCUUAAAUGGGUGCAUGCCUAUUAGUAACUGGAAUAAGCAAUUUCAUAAAUGUGUCAAGUUCAGUGUCUGUUUGCUCCUCAUUACACACCACAGACCAACAAAUAUUAUUUACAUCAACAGCAUAGGAAUCACUACAAAACGUAUUGUAUGACCUCUUAUACACUAUAUUAGGCCCAGCCUUUGGAACUUUGGUUUUCCUAGAUAUGGCUACAAUAUUGUGAUCACUACAUCCGAUGGAUCUGGAUUCUGCUUCAAGCUAAUUUCUGCAGCAUUAGUAAAGAUGUGAUCAAUACAUGUUGAUGAUUUCAUUCCUGUGCUGUUUGUAACUAUCCUGGUAGUUUGACUGAUAACCUGAACCAGGUUGCAGGCAAUGGUUACAGUUUGAAGCUUUUUCUUGAGUGGGCAGCUUGAUGAAAGCCAGUCAAUAUUUAAAUCACCCAGAAAAUAUACCUCUCUGUGGAUAUCACAUACAUUAUCAAGCAUUUCACACGUUAUCCAGAUACUGACUGUUAGCACUUGGUGGUCUAUAGCAGCUUCCCACCAGAAUGGGCUUUAGGUGAGGCAGAUGAACCUGUAGCCAUAUUACUUCAACAAUAUUUAACAUGAGAUCCUCUCUAAUCUUUACAGGAAUGUGGUUCUGAAUAUAAACAGCAACACCUCCACCAUUGGCAUUUCUAUAUUUUCUGUAAAUGUCAUAACCUUCUAUUGCUACCACUGUAUCAUCAAAUAUAUUAUCUAAGUGAGUUUCAGAGAUAGUCAGAAUAUGAAUGUCAUCUGUUACUAGCAAAUUAAUGAUUUCAAGAACCUUGUUUCUUAAGCUACAUAUGUUAACGUGGGCUAUUUUGAGCACUUUUCUUCUGGGAUGCUUACUUGUUUUUAUUGCUUUUCUGGGAAGCGUAGCAGCAGUAGAUGUGCUCAUGUUAUUUAUGUUAGUGCAGGGUGAGCUGCACACUGUACAUUGGGCAGUUGAAAUCUACUAUAGUAACAUUUUCUAAAUCAAACACCAGGCAUGGCUCUACUUAGGGCUGCCAAGUGCAUAACCAUAUUAGCUUUUCAUGCAGUCAGCUCCUUUUUCUUCCUUUACUCUUCCUCUCUCAAGAUUGUGUGUGCGAAGAUUUUGAUUUGAACUUGCGUACUGGAACUGCAGUACCUCAUUUCAUCCCUCAGUAGGCAUCGAUUAGCCAUGAAUUCAAAGAUAAGUUAUGAAUAUGAAUUAGGCGUUUUCCUCUUGCCUAAAACUCAAGACUCCGGAGAGGGAGUGUCUGUGUUAAAUCAUACAUUACACAGGGAACUAAAUUUAAAGCACUUAAACCCUUCUGGGACUCACACACAGAAUACAAGGACAUAUUUCUGCAGGUCCACAAGCACACACAGUUGCAGGUAAGCCAGACACACACACAGAUCUGUGAUGAAACUCAAUGGAUUUCUUAAAUAAAUAUGAAAAUGUAAAUUAUGGGGUUUUACAUUGCUCUGGGCGUUCCACACAGAAACACGUGCACACACACAAACCAACACCUAUUCACUUUAUUUAGUGUUUGUUUCUGUGUUUGUUUAGGACAUGCUGAAGAACACACCUAAGGGUCACGUAGAUCGCCUGCCUCUGCAGCUGGCUCUGACUGAACUGGAGAUGCUGGCUGAGAAGCUGAAUGAACAGAAGCGUGUGGCCGACCAAAUAGCUGAGACUCAGCAGCUAGCACGCAGUGUCAGCGACCGCUCGCUCAGCAAGGUGAACGAACCACUGCAAUACACAUGGAUACACACUUGCACACACACAGAAAGCACAUGCAUGGCAUAGCACGCACACACAUGCAUGCACGCUUGCACACACACACACACACACACACACACACACACACACACACACACACACACACACACACACACACACACACACAGUAAUCAACCUGCUCACUAUGUGGCUCAACCCCAGAGCCCUUCCUCUACCUCCACUGUGUUAUCAGCAUGAGCCAAACAUCUAUGCAUUAGGCUAUAUAGCCAUCACUUACAUUACCUUCCCAGACAUUAGUCUAGGAAAGCCUUUUUAUUUAGAAAAAUCAUUGCCCAGAAAUGAUGCCCAUUAUCGCCCCUGAACAGCAUCCAAACACCACGGCAGGGGCGUUCCUUCUCCAUUACCACACUGGAAUUACAGUCUAGACGCUGCAAAUCUGAACAAAUGCAUUUCUGAAUAAGAGGAAUUAGGGGGUAAAUGAGACAUUUAAUUGGAAACCGUGAGAGAGUUAUCUCUCCCCAGUCUCUCGCCUUCUCCUUUCCCUCUCGUUUCCACCCCCCCUCCUUUCCUGCUGCUGUUCUUUUCUUCCCUCUCCAUCUCUUUCUCAUUCUUCCUCGCUCUCUCUCUUUCUCACCACCCGCAGCCCAGCAUCUCCCACUCUCCCUCUCCCUCCCUCUGUCCCUCCUUCGCUCUCUUUCUUUCUACUGUUCCAUGGUGGUGAAUUUUCCAGAGCCCUGAGAUGAGCUGAUUCGGCCAAUCUCGUCUGCUCCACACAUAAUUCCAUUUAUUGCGGUGAGACUGCAGAAUUGCAAUAGGAAGCAGCUCUCUUCCAUAACCCCAUAACCGUCUAAUGAAAUAUGAAUUAUUUGUCUCUAAGUAUCUAAGUCAGUGGAAUAGGGGAGAUAACACUGUUAGUGGGAACAGGUUGAGGUUUCUGUUUUACUCUAUCUCUCAGACACACGCUCACACAAAACAGUCACUCAUGGACACACGGUUGACACUUUGGACAUUUCUGAGGGGCCCUUCCAUAACUUACAUCUGUCUGCCUCUUGAGGGUGCUGUAGUUCUGUGAUCAUAGAUGACAGGCUACUGUUUGACUAAUGACUCAUUUCAUAGCCAUCUGAACAAAUGCCAAGCAAUGUUACUGAUUCCCCACAGAUAUAAUAAUCAAUUUUGUGAGAUGUGAUGGGAUGUAGAACACUGUGCAUUGUAAUAUGGACAGAACACAAAUUCAUUAUUCAUAAAAUUGUGAUUAUAUGGAACAAACAUAAACAUUAAAGUGGGACACAGUAUCUGAGCUGCAUAUUUGUACUUUACCAUCCAUUCAGUCUUUGGGCUUUACUGUUGUUGUAAUUAUUAUUUUUUCAGAAGAUUGUUUUAGAAUUCAUAAAACUGACUGUAUUGAUUCAGCUGGACAUAAAAAGUUACCGGAACAUGUCAUAAAACUACAUCCUAUUAUAUUACCCUUUGCCAUGCAGGAAAGUAUGCCUUGUGUGUUUUCACAUACUGUAGCAUACAGCAACAUUUCUGUGAAUAUUUCCAUUUGUGAGUGUGUGUGUGUGUUAGCGUGUGAAUGUGUUCUGUGUGCCCUGACUGCACAAACCUACCUUGAUCUGCUACUGAUUCCCAAUGAAAUACUCACUUAACCAGACUUUAGCCUGCCUGCUGUGCUCCUUAGCAAUUGAACUGAAACCCUGGGGAAUUGGCCCUUUGUGAUGUGUCUUUUGAGACAGUGUCCUGAUUGCUCUGUCCCUUUAGCAACUGAACUCAGACCAGGGGUCGCUGGUGCUUUGUGAGACGUUGAUUGAGACGGUGUACGGGGAGCGAGGCCAGAUCCUGAAGUCUAAGGAGCGCAAAGUCUUCCUCUUCAAUGACAUACUCAUCUGUGCCAACAUCAACGUCAAGUAAGUGGUGGGUUGUUCCACCUCAAAAAGCACAAGAAAGAGGAUUUUGACACCCACUAUGUCAGAUUUUUCUGAAAUCGUUUCUGUGGUUAGAAACAGAUAAGAUUAGCAUUCCUGCAACAUUAUUGUGUUGAAAUAUAAUUUUAUCUCUGAGAAAUUAAGCUAGUUGAUUGCACCCAAAUUGGCGAUUUUAAAUGAUAGAAUUCAUAUAAUAUUCAAUAAAUAUAAUACAUAACAUCAGAUUUCGACCCGAAAUAAAUCUAACAAUGAGUAAGACAUGAGGAUUCCAAAGAAAUGGUCAAAAGCCACUCACAGACCCCCCACAACCACAUGCCAAUCCCAACCCAACAACGAGUACACAGUAUCAGUUCUCUAUGUUUGACACGUAGUAUGGAGCUGCAGUUCAGAGUAUUGUUUCUUCAUCCUAUGUAAUGCAUUCUCAGUGAAUUUGGGGAUGUUUUUUUCCCUCCACUGUUCAGAGAAAUGAGUCAUUUAAGUUUUUAGGUUUAUAUCCCAUCCUACAUUCUGAUAUUACCAGAUUCGGACCACUAGAUGGUGGUGUUCCUGCUAUUAGAUUAUAAAAAAAAAAAAAUCCACCCUCCCCCUGAAUGUUAAAGGAAUAGUUCACCCAAAUUACAAAAUGACAUAUUGGUUUCCAAUGCAAGUCAAUGCAAGUCAAUGGUACCUAUAUUAGCAUUUUCAUGCUUCAUGUUCAAAUCAUCCUAAAUUAUCUAAAAAUGUAUUGUGUAACUCAAUUAUUGUUACUUGUGAAAAUGCUGAUAUAGGUGCCAUUGACUUGCAUUUUAAACGGUGGCCAGGUAAACACAACCAAAGCAUGGGUUGCUGUCGUACAUUGUCCAUAGACUGCUUACAGGGUAAGGAAACCAAUUUGUCAUUUUGGGAUUCUUAAAAAAAAUAUCACCUAAUAGCAGGAACAGCACCAUCUAGUGAUCAGAACCUGGUAAUAUCAGGAUGUAGGAUGAGACAUAAACCUAUCAACUAAAAUGACUAAUUUCUCUGAACAGGGGGAAAAAACAUUACCAAAUUCACUGAGAAUGCAUGACAUACUUCAGAAAAUAUUAACACCCCUUGACUUUUUCCACAUUUUGUUGUGUUACAGCCUGAAUUUAAAAUUUAUAAAAUAUAAAGUUGUGUCACUGGCCUAUACACAAUACCCCAUAAUGUGAAAGUGGAAUAAUUUAAUUCGAAAUUUUUACUAAUUAAUUGUAAAUGAAAAGCUGAAAUGUCUUGAGUCAAUAAGUAUUCAACCCCUUUGUUAUGGCAAGCAUAAAUAAGUUCAGGAAUUACAAUUUGCUUAACAAGUCACAUUAUAAGUUGCAUGGACUCUGUGAGCAAUAAUAGUGUUUAACAUGAUUUUUGAAUGACUACCUAAUUUCUGUACCCCACACACACAUACAAUUAUCUGUAAGGUUCCUCAGUCGAGCAGUGAAUUUCAAACACAGGUUCAACCACAAAGACCAGGGAGGUUUUCCAAUGUCUCGCAAAAAGGGCACCUAUUGGUUGAUGGGUAAAAAAAAAGCAGACAUUGAAUAUCCCUUUGAGCAAGGUAAAGUUAUUAAUUACACUUUGGAUGGUGCAUCAAUACACCCAGUCACUACAAAGUUACAGGCGUCCUUCCUAACUCAGUUGCCAGAGGGAAAGGAAACAUCUCAGGGAUUUCACCAUGAGGCCAAUGGUGACUUCAAAACAGUUACAGAGUUUAAUGGCUGUGAUAGGAGAAAACUGAGAAUGGAUCAACAACAUUGUAGUUACAACACAACACUAACCUAAAUGACAGAGUAAAAAGAAGGAAGCCUGUACAGAAUAAAACAUAUUCCAAAACAUGCGUCCUGUUUGCAAUAAGGCACUAAAGGAAAACAGCAAAAAAAAGUGGCAAAGAAAUUAACUUUAUGUCCUGAAUACAAAGUGUUAUGUUUGGGGCAAAUCCAACACAACACAUCACUGAGUACCACGCUUCAAAUUUUCAAGCAUGGUGGUGGCUGCACCAUGUUAUAGGUAUGCUUGUCAUCGGCAAGGACUAAGGAGUUUUUUAGGAUAAAAAGAAACGGAAUAGAGCUAAGCACAGGCAAAAUCCUAGAGGAAAACCUGGUUCAGUCUGCUUUCUAACAGACACUGUGAGACAAAUUCACCUUUCAGCAGGACAAUAAUCUAAAACACAAGAAUAAAUAUACACUGGAGUUGCUUAUGAAGAUGACAUUGAAUGUUCCUGAGUGGCCUAGUUACAGUUUUGACUUAUAUCCUCUUGAAAAUCUAUGGCAAGACUAAAAAUUGCUGUCUAGCAAUGAUCAACAACCAACUUGACAGAGCUUGAAUAAUUUAAAAAAGAAUAACGUGUAAAUAUUGUACAAUCUAGGUGUGCAAAGCUCUGAGAGACUUACCCAGAAAGACUCAUAGUUGUUAUCGCUGCCAAAGGUGAUUCUAACAUGUAUUGACUCAGAGAUGUGAAUACUUACUGUCACGAUCGUUAACAUAAGAUACGGACCAAGGCGCAGCGUGAUAAGCGUACAUUUUAUUAAGUACUUAACACAACACAAAACAACAAACAAUACGUGAAGUCCUAGGUUACACAAAACAAACCUUUACAGAACAAGAUCCCACACCGACUAGUGCCAAACAGGCUGCCUAAGUAUGGUCCCCAAUCAGAGACAACGAGAUACAGCUGCCUCUGAUUGGGAACCACCCUGGCCAACAUAGAUCUAAACGAUCUAGCACAUCAACAUAGAAAAUAUAACACAGAAACUACACACCCUGGCUCAACAUUUCAGAGUCCCCAGAGCCAGGGCGUGACAGUACCCCCCCCCCCCCCAAAGGCGUGGACUGCGACCGCGCCACACAAACACAACAGGGUAGGGGCCGGGUGGGCGGAUCCGGCUUCGGGCGUGACCACCACUUUCUCUCCACCUCCCCGUUGCGCCCCUGAUCUGGUCUGGCACCGCUAACUGGAACUGGAGCUGGACCCGACGACGGUGGAUCAAACCGUACAGGCUCCGGACUGGAGCCGCUGGCCGGAGCUGGACUGGACACCGGUGGAGCGGAUUGCUCUGGCUCCGGAGUGGAUCCGCUGACUGGAGUUGGACCGGACCCCGGUGGAGCGGAUUGCUCUGGCUCCGGAGUGGAGCAGCUGACCGGUGCCGGACAAGGCACCGGUGGAACAGGCACGGGCCGUGCCGGACUGGACACACGCACCGCUGGCUUGGUACGGGGAGCAGGAACGGGCCGGACCGGGCUGACGAUGCGCACCACUGGCUUGGUGCGGGGAGCAGGAACGGGCAGGACCGGGCUGACGACGUGCACCACUGUCUUGGUGCGAGGGGCAGGAACAGGCCGGACCGGGCUGGCGACGAGGGGCAGGAACAGGCCGGACCGGGCUGGCGACGCGCACCACUGGCUUGGUGCGAGGGGCAGGAACAGGCCGGACCGGGCUGGCGACGCGCACCACUGGCUUGGUGCGAGGGGCAGGAACAGGCCGGACCGGGCUGGCGACGCGCACCACUGGCUUGGCGCGAGGGACAGGAACAGGCCGGACCGGGCUGGCGACGCGCACCACUGGCUUGGCGCGAGGGACAGGAACAGGCCGGACCGGACUGGGAACACGCACCACUGGCUUGGUGCGGGGAGCAGGAACAGGCCGGGCUGGACUGGGAACACGCACCACUGGCUUGGUGCGGGGAGCCAGAACGGGCCGGACUGUGGAGGCGGACUGGAGGUCUGGAGCGGAGAGCUGACACAACCCGUCCUGGCUGAAUGCCUACUUCCACACAAUACGUGUGAGGCAUCAGCACAGGACGUACGGGGCUGUGCACUCGUACUGGCGCUACAGCACGUGGCACUGGCGCAGGAUAUACAGGACCGAGGAGGCGUACUGGAGACCACGAGCAUUGAGCCGGCACACCCCGUCCUGGCUGAAUGCCCAUCUUUGCACGACACGUGCGUGGUGCUAGCACAGGACGUACAGGACUGUGCCGGAACACUCGCGGCACAGUACGUGGCUCCGCAUAACACGGAGCCUGCCCAGUCACACGCUUCCUAGCCUGAGUACGGGGAGUUGGCUCUGCUCUAACCCUAGGCUCCGCCAACCACCCUUUUAGCCCCCCCAACAUUUUUUAUUGGGGCUGUCUCUCGGGCUUCCUCCUCGGCCGGUACCCUCUGCGUUGCCGCUGCUCCUCUCUAUAGCGCGCCUCCACAGUCUCCUCCCAAGGACGGCGAUCCAUUCCGAAGUGAAUCUCCUCCCAAGUCCAGGAUCCCUUCCCGUCCAGGAUCUCCUCCCAGGUCCAGGCUGUCUGUUCCUGGACACGCUGCUUGGUCCUCUUUUGGUGGGAUCUUCUGUCACGAUCGUUAACGGAAGAUACGGACCAAGGCGCAGCGUGAUAAGCGUACAUUUUAUUUAGUACUUAACAUGACACAAAACAACAAACACACAAUAUGUGAAGUCCUAGGUUACACAAAACAAACCUUUACGGAACAAGAUCCCACACUGACUAGUGCCAAACAGGCUGCCUAAGUAUGGUCCCCAAUCAGAGACAACGAGAUACAGCUGCCUCUGAUUGGGAACCACACUGGCCAACAUAGAUCUAAACGAUCUAGCACAUCAACAUAGAAAAUAUAACACAAAAACUACACACCCUGGCUCAACAUUUCAGAGUCCCCAGAGCCAGGGCGUGACAACUUACAAUAUGUACAUUUGAUAUUUCGGUAUUUCAUUAUGGUGUAUUGUGUGUAGAUGGGUGAGAUUUAUUUAUUUUUAAAUCCAUUUUGAAUUCAGGCUCUGUAACACAACAAAACGUGGAAUAAGUCAAAGGGAAUGGAUACUUUCCGAAGGUGUCUCCGUAGAGUAGAGUAAAUUCUGCUAAACAGCUCUUCAAUCUAAAUACACAAACACCUUCCCAGCGCCACAGCAGCAGCAACACGAGGCUCAGCCUACAAGGCUUUGCAGGGAUAUAUUUAGGCAAAAUGCAUAGCAAAGAGUAAUACAGUGUUCUCUAGCACUAUCUGGAGUUACCAGAGCUUUAUCAGCUUUUAACAAAUGUCAGGCAGCUUAACUAGAGCAACAGGAGUCCUAGAUUACUGACAUAACAUAUUUCUUGGUCCCUCUCCAAUUUAUCCUCUAUGACAGCGCCAUUGAUCACAUCUUCUCAGAGCUAUAGGUAAACAGGAAAGAUGUUCCUCUAUUUGCAAAGCUCCUGUCUGAGACGUUCAUACCUCAAAGCUCUCUUGUUCAGCCUUCAAAGUAAUUAUCACCCCAUGUUUUGUUCAACUUGAUUCCCCUGAAGUUGACUUUGCCUGCCCUCUAGAAUCUUGACAAACUGAUCACAAUGUUGAUUGUGUGCUUGAUUACAGGAAUAUAUGAAUAUAAAAUGAACGCUGCUCACAGCCGGGGGUCCUGCUUUCUGCCGUGAACACAGCUGAUCAGACGGAUUCUAAUUCUGCUCCCCAGCUAUUUUUGUGAUAAUUCAAAGAAUGACACCUCAGUUCUCCUCCUGUUGGUGGUUUGGGAUUAGUGCUUCUGUUAGGAGGAGCGGGACGCUGGGAAGAGCUUUGAUUUAACUUGUUUUCUUAUUUUUUUCCAUCACCAGGGGCCUCCCUGAUAUCAGCAGCCUGGUCCCUGUUGGUCCUAAGUACACCAUGAAGUGGAGCGCCCCCCUGCUGCAGGUCCAGGUGGUGGAGGUGGGUCAGGAGGCCUCCCAGGCCAAGGAAACCUUGUUCCAGCAUGGCGGUGCCAAGCACCCUGGCAGUGCCUGUCCCCCAGGUUGGUAAACCUCCUGAGUCAUCCAUCCAUGACCUCUCUAUCCCUGUUCAUCAUCUCCUACAUGUAGUCCAGUUAAUCUCAUCACUUGGCCAGACUCCUAGUCUCAGCCCUGUGGUCUGAUUCAGCACAGCCCUCUAAUCUGUUUCCUACUGUGAACUGUCCCAGUGAAUUCUGGUGACACAGCGCUGUCACUCUGAUUGAGGAUGUGUUUGUGAAAAAAAUUGCGAUGAUGGAAAACAUAGCCGCACCCUCCACAGUCUCAUUUCACUCUCUGAUAGACCACAAACAUAUCUGGAGUGGUGUCAUCAAUCUGCAGAGAUUAUUCCCUUCCUCUCCAGCUCCAAUUAGAGAAGCAGCAGCACUAGAUAGGAAUCGAAUGGUGCAACAGUCCUUUUCCCACAAAACUCUGUUGUGCGUACAGCUUGGUGGAGAGAUCCCUGAUAAAUGUGCCAUGGGAAGGAGGAGAUACAAAGCCUUAUCAGGAUGUAAUGGAACAGCCUUUUAAAGUUGGAGCUCCAUGACUUCAAUAUUAAUGGCGACUUUUACAGUAGCGUCUGACCGUGUCACGCUCAGCGAACAGCAACAGUUUAACAAGGAGGCCAAGAUUAGGCUUAGAUUCUCUGAAGAUUAAGCCUUACAGUCUUAUAAGUGUACUGCAACACUGUGAGAUCAUUUAACGGUACAUUUAAAGGUAUAUCACUCUCUCUCUCUCUUUUCCCAGUCUUUUACUAGCCUGUCAUGUGUUUGAAAAGCUAUGGUUGAUUUGAGAUUUUAGCACUGGCCCAAUGCAAGCCAUUCCCUUAAUCAUGCCUUUCCAGGAAUCUUCCUCUGUGCAUCUGUUGAAUUACUUUCCAGCCUGCCAGUCACACAGACUGGCCCGUCUAUUUAUAGUUCCCCGUCCCCUGUGAUGUCAUUCGGCGAGGUGUCCUGCCUAAAUCCCACGCUCCCACGGCUUGGAGAGAAAUUGACUAAUUUUUCAUCUCUGGCCCUGGUGCCCUCCUUUAUUGAUGGAGAAGGCUGGCCUUCUGAGAACUACAGGGAUCUCUCAAUUCUCUCUCUCUCCUCUCCUCUCUCUCUCUUAGCUUCUCCCGCCCCAUUACAGACUUAUUAUUGUCCCACAUGUUUUAUACUGACACUGAAAUGAGAAUGCAAUGCUGCACUUACAUGCAGUGAGCUGGUGUGCAGGUUCGGAUGGGGAUUAGUCUAUGGUUUUGGUGCAUAUUUGGACCAAUGACUGUAUAUAUUGGGGAUUUGGAAGCAGUGGCUGCUGUAAAUUCCCUCAGGUUAGUUCCCAGAGCUGGAUGCAGCACCAGCUGGACUAUAGGUUGAGGAUGGAUAUUCCUGCUGGCUGUUGUUACAUGAGGUGGCUGCCCUUGGAAGGAUGGGCAGGGGCCCCUGUGGGCUCAGCCCUGCCUUGCUGCUACGUGCCCGGCGGCCACUGUGAAUAACCUUGUCUGAGUGUGAAAACCAAUCCUGCCACACCAACGGGAUUACGCUGGAUUACAACUCAGCACAUUCACCUCCGGGGCUGAGGCCAACUCCAGGCGGGCGGGGACACAACGGACCUGUGUGCCAGCGCAUCCCAAUGCCUCACAGAUACAGGGAAGCCAUUGUGUACAGAAGCUCAUGGCAGGCACACCUCUUUAUAUUCAGAUGUCUGCUAUUGAUCGUGUCUCACAGAUGACAGAUGUCUGUGCCCGUCCAUGUCAGAGAUCCCAUUAAAUCCCCAAAGGUUACAAAGGCUCUCUUUAAGAGAACAAUACUUGCCUCUCUCUGCUCUCGCUGGGGGUUGGAGAAUGUGAAGACAGUAUGCUCCCAAGUCGAUUGGUAAAUCUCACGUCUAAUGAGACUCCUGCAUUCCUUUUGCCGGGAAAAAGGGCGUCAUAUUAGCUCCAAAUGGCCACGUUUCUCUAUCUGCUUUUUAGUUAUACAUUCAGACUCCAGACUACAUUCAGACCAUUCAACAAAUAACGGCAGCGAUCGAUCCAUCACACAUUGAGCUCCUUUGUUAGUGGAAAUUCAAGUUUUCUUUUAUCACUUCUACUAGUGAUUGUAGUUCAGGAAUGUAAAGAAUUACAGUUCUAUUGGGGAUUGCAAUAGUUGUUUGACCUUGAGCUCUUACAAGGCCCUCCCUUGCCCUCCCUUUGGCAAAUCAGACCAUAAUUUUAUCCUCCUGUUUACAAGCAAAAACUCAAACAGGAAGUAAGAGUGAUGUGCUCAAUACAGAAGUGGUCUGAUGAAGCCGAUGCUAAGCUACAGGAAUGUUUUGCUAGCACAGACUGGAAUAUAUGCCAUGGAUUUAUCCAAUAACAUGUAUGAGUUUACGAACAGUCACCGGCUUCAUUAAUAAGUGCAUCAACAACGUCAUCCCCACAGUGACCAUACGUACAUACCCCAACCAGAAGCCAUGGAUUACAACAACAUCCGCACUGAGCUAAAGGCCAGAGCUGCUGCCUUCAAGGAGCGGGACACUAAUCCGGAAUCAUAUAAAAAAAUCCCGCUACGGCCUCCGACAAGCCAUCAAACAGGCAAAACUUCAAUACAAGACUAAGAUCGAAUCCUACUACGCUGGCUCUGAUGCUCAACGGAAGUAGCAGAGUUUGUAAACUAUCAUAAGAUUACAAUGGGAAACCCAGCCACGAAAAAGCCCAGCAAUGCAAACAUACCAGACAAGUUAAAUGCAUUCUAUGUUCGCUUCAAGGCAAAUAACACGGAACCAUGCACGAGCGCACCAGCUGUUCCAGACGACUGUGUGAUCUUGCUCUUCGUAGCUGAUGUGAGUAAGCCCUUUAAACAGGUUAACAUUCACAAGGCUGCGGGUCCAAACGGAAUACCAGGACGCAAACUCAGAGAAUGCGCUGACCACCUGGCAAGUGUCUUCACUGACAUUUAUAACCUUUCCCUGACCCGGUCUGUAAUACCAACUUGUUUCAAGCAGACCACCAUAGUCCCCGUGCCCAAGAACGCCAAGGUAACCUGCCUAAAUGACUAUCUUCCCGUAACACUCACAUCUAUAGCCAUGAAAUGCUUUGAAAGGCUGGUCAUGGCUCACAUCAACACCAUCAUCCCAGACACCCUGGACCCACUCCAAUUCACAUACCACCCCAACAGAUCCACAGAUGGUGCAAUCUCUAUUGUACUUCACACUGCCCUCACCCACCUGGACAAAAGGAAUACCUAUGUAAGAAUGCUGUUCAUUGACUACAGCUCAGCAUUCAACACCAUAGUCCUCUCCAAGUUCAUCACCAAGCUCAGGAACCUGGGACUGAACACCUCCUUCUGAUCCUGGACUUCCUGAGGGUAGGCAACAACACAUCUGCCACACUGACUAUCAACAUGGGGCCCCUCUGGGGUGUGUGCUUAGUCCCCUCCUGUAUUCCCUGUUCACCCACGACUGUGUGGCCGCACACGACUCCAACACCAUCAUCAAGUUUGCUGAUGACACGACGGUGGUAGGCCUGAUCACCGACGAAGAUGUGGCAGCCUAUAGGGAGGAGGUCAGAAAAACCUCUCCCUUAAUGUCAGCAAAACAAAGGAGCUGAUCAUGGACUACAGGAAACAGAGGGGCAAGCAUGCCCCCAUCCAUAUCGAUGGGGCUGUAGUGGAGCAGGGUGAGAGCUUCAAGUUCCAUGGUGUCCACAUCACUACGGAAUUAACAUUGUCCACACACUCCCACACAGUUGUGAAGAGGGCAAGACAGCACCUCUUCCACCUCAGGAGGCUGAAAAGAUUUGGAAAAGGCCCUCAGAUCCUCAAAAAGUUAUACAGCUGCACUAUUGAGAGCAUCUUGACUGGCUGCAUCACCACUUGGUACGGCAACUGCAAGGCACCUGACUGUAAGGCGCUACAGAGAGUGGUGCGUACGGCCCAGUACAUCACUGGGGACGAGUUCCCUGCCAUACAGGACCUCUAUACCAGGCGGUGUCAGAGGAAGGCCCUAAACAUUGUCAAAGACUCCAGCCACCCAAGCCAUACACUGUUCUCUCUGCUACCGCACGGCAAGUGGUACCAGUGCACCAAGUCUGGAACCAACAGGACCCACACUGGACUCUAACCACACACUCACACACCAACACACACAUACACACACUACAUAUACCCACACACACACACGCUGCUGUCUAUUAUAUAUCCUGUUGCCUAGUCACUUUACCCCAUAGUUAUAUGUACAUAGCUACCUCAAUUACCUCAAACUUCUGCACAUCGACUUGAUACUGGUACUCCCUGUAUAUAGCCAUGUUUAAAAAAAACGUGUUAUUGUUAUUCGUUAUUCACUGUGUAUUCAUUCCUAGUGUCACAAUUUCUAUCUUUAACUCUGCGUUGUUGGAAAAGGACCUGUAAGCAUUUCACUGUUAGUCUACACCUGUUGUUUACAAAGCAUGUGACAAAUAACAUUUGAUUUGAUGUUAAUGGUGUAACCUGUUGAUGUGUGUACUGUGUUGUGCCAUGUUGUGUGUUGUCCACAGGGAAGGUAAUCCUGGGUCCUCCUCGGCUCUACCAGGAGCUCCAGGAGCUGCAGCAUGACCUGUCUGUGGUGGACGAGAUCACACUACUGGUGGGAACGCUACAGGGGACAUACCAGGUAACUGUAUAACACCAGCCCACACCACUACAGCCAAACCACUGUCACACGCCACCUCACUACUUAGAACACAGCCCAAACCCCAACCUGUGGGUCUACUGUUGUAAUUUUUCGCACCACUACACAGCCCAGAGUUACUCACAAAAGCCUACAUCCAAAUUACCCACUUUAAAAACAUGCACCACAACUUGACCUCCAAAAGCACUGCUUUUUACUUAAAAUAGAUUUAAUUUGCAGCUUGACAAAUUAUUAAUAAAGCUGAUAUUUCAAAAUACUGCUUGCAAAUGUAAGGUUGAUCAAAGGUGAUUUGUUUCUACUACAACCCAACUAACUACAGGUCUAAAUCCCUGAGAACACAUAAUGCUUUGAACAUGAACAAAGUGUUAUUUUGUAAAAUGCUCAGUACUGUACAACAACAAAUUUGAAGGCUAUCUCCUGAAGAACGGAGAGCCUCUCUCUUGCAGUGAGCUAUGCUGUCUUCAAAUCAGGACACCUCCCAGUAGUGUGUCUGUCUGCCACCAUGACAUUAAAGCCACUGUACAUAACACAGUCACAGUGUACUCCAGCAAUCACCAAAGAGCCUCUCAGUGGAAAGGUGGCCUUUUUGUCUCUCUGUUUUUAAUGAGCUCAAUGUCCUUAGGUGGAGUAAAAUCAGCUUUUCUCCAUAUCACUGAUUUCACACCCCACCCAGUUAUAAUAAAAAUGUCCACCAAACAAAUAUAGGAAAUACUUCUGCAUGGCUCAUUGACUUCAAAAUGUAUUUGAUUCUAUUUAACCAGGAGGACUAAACUGUAAAAGUGGAGUAGGAGAUGUAAUGUGUAAACGUUAUAUUUGAUGGAAUAAAAGUGCUUUGGCCAUGGGUUGAUGAAAGGGUCUAUAAAUCAGAGCAGUUUUAUGAGGAGGGUGUGGUCGGUUCUUUUAAUAGAGAGUGUAAGUAUGUCAUUAUAGUCCAUGCAUGAUGGUGUGACUAUAAGCAUGGCAUACUUAAGUUAUGGUUUUGAAUGUAAGGUUGUGAAUGUAAGCAGAAGUACAUCAUGUAGGAGUGGAUGGGAGAAUUGCAUGCACAUGGGAGUAUGUACUGUAAUGUAGCUAUAUUUUAAUGUCACAGCUGAAUGUUCUUGUGUGUUUGUGGAUCAUAGAACCUGAACACGACCGUGGCCCAGGACUGGUGUCUAGCUCUCCAGAGACUCAUCCGGAUCAAGGAGGAUCAGAUUCAGAGUGCCAACAAGUGCCGCUUACGCCUGCAGGUGCCUGGGAGACCAGACAAGUGA